AUGUGGUUGAAUGAUGAUGAUUUGCCAAAUACUCAAAGAGUGAUUCAAAGGACUGAUAGAGGUGCAGGAUGGCGUCAUGUUCAACAACUGAUGCAUGGAUCAGAUCAGCAAUGUUAUGAUAUUCUGCGAAUGAAUCAAAGGACAUUUGAAGAUUUAUGUAGGAUGCUCUCUACAAGGUAUGGAUUACGAGAGACUGAUAAUCUCUACUUAGAGGAAAGUGUUGCAAUGUUUCUUGAAGCGGUUGGUCAAGAUAAAACUAAGCGGGUUCUUGCAGACAGAUAUCAAAGGUCACUAGAUACAAUACACAGAAAACUUGAUGAAGUUUUGAGUGUUCUUCUCAAGUUUGCAGCUGAUACGCUAGCCAGAAGAAGGAGAAUUCGCAAGGACUGCAUUGGAGCACUUGAUGGAACUCACAUCUCAAUUCGUCCUCCAAGUCACAAUGCAGAAGCAUACAGAGGUAGAAAGCAAGAACCAACAAUGAAUGUCCUUGCUAUAUGCAACUUCAAUAUGAAGUUCAUAUAUGCAUAUGUUGGUGUACCAGGUCGAGCACAUGAUACCAAAGUGUUGACUUACUGCGCAAAAGAAGAGGCUAAUUUUCCACAUCCUCCUAAUGGAAAAUAUUAUUUGGUUGAUUCUGGAUAUCCCACCAGGACAGUGAUUGAACGGACCUUUGGAGUAUGGAAAGCAAAGUGGAGAAUACUAGAUCGAAAACAUCCAAAGUAUGGUUUGACUAAGUGGAUGAAGCUUGUUGUUACAACCAUGUCACUACAUAAUUUCAUACGUGAUUCACAUCGAGAGGAUUUUGAUUUUGUUCAUUGGGAGAGAAUACAAGAAUAUCAUGCUCAUGGUGAUAAUGUUGACGGUGAUACUUCUCAUGGUAAUGGUGAUGAUGAUGAAGAUGAAUCACCUGAUGAUAGUAGUGAUGAUAGUAGUGAUGAUCAUGCUCAUGGUGGAUAUACUCCUUAUGAACCAAGAGGUGAUAGAGCUAUGGAAGGUGUACGUGACUACAUUACAAAUGAGAUGGGUAGAGGAGGUCGUUUGCCAUACUAG